AGAGCAGAACAAGACGAGAACGUGUGCGUGUAUAGCUGUUCAUCGUCUAGACUCCACCAGUAUCUUCAUUGGUACCUUUCGCUUCGUUGCCUUUCGUGGUUCAUUCCCGUCGUCCGUGGGGAAGUGGAGGCAUCCCGCGAGGGUGUGUGUGUGUGUGUCGCGCAUGUCGUGGAAGGAUCGAACUACCCGGUUUCUUCCCAAGGCCGCUCUCGGCGUGGUCGUCGGGACGCCGUGUAUUGCCGUCAUACAAGCGGCAGCCUUGUUGAUUGAAUACCGUAUCAAUCACGGCAACGCGCCUCGUCCCGAAAGUCCCAGUCGCGGAGUCGUCGUGGCGACGUCCUCCGCCAGCACCUUCACCACCGCCCCCGCUCUGCACGAUUUCUACCACGUCGCCACUUCGUCCUGGCUCGCCUUGCGCCGCCACCGUCACGACGAUCCCGACACCAUACAGUCUCCCUUGCGCAUACUGGUCAUUGGGGAUUCCCUCGCGGCCGGAGUCGGCUUGUCGCGGUCCGCUACUCCCGUACUGCCGCAGGCUAUUGCCCAGAGUCUCUCACAGGCCUACCACGGACGCGUCGUCUACUGGACCUGCGUGGGCACGCCCGGAAUAUCCGCCACCGAACUCGUGCAGGAAAUUUAUCAACUCGACCAUUUGCCUCGAGUCGCGUCGGCUUUGCCCGCGCGGUUGGCGCAGUGGCAGGAAACGCAAAAACGGAAAACACAGGAACGACUGGAACAAGCCUCGCGCAAAGCACAGGCCUGGUGGCAACACCGGCACCAACGGCCUCUGCGACGGCCAACACAAGAGCCAUCGUCGGUACGGGAAGAUGAUCCCGACGCCAACGCCGUCCAACGGGCGAUGCGGAAACUAGUGUCCUGGUGGAAACGGACCACGAAUCAGGUACGGCAUGAUUGGCGAGAGUUGAAGGAUGUCAUUCGCGUUGACAGUGAGGACUCUCCGGAUCUUCCUACCGAUGGUGAGCAACCGGUGAUCGACGACGAUAGCCAAAAAUGGCCGACAACGACCCGUAGUGCGCGUCGAACCAACACGUUAGUCCGUCACAACACCCUGGCGACCGCGGUCGAUGUAGACGAAUACGACAUUGCCAUUGUGUUGACGGGUAUCAAUGAUUUAAAGGACGCCUUUUUGCCCUUUUUGAUGAGCAACGAACGAGCCAGUGAACUGGCAAGAGUACGCCAGACUCACAACAUGCAGGAAAAGGGCAUUCAGGCUACCUUUGAACGUGUGGUACAGGCCCUACAGAGCAAAAUGCGCACCGUCUUGCCGGGCAAGCAAAAUGAUGAGAUUCGCGACGAGUGCAAAGAGGACACUGGCGGUCUACGGCACCACGACAAUAGUUUGCAAGUUUUCGAACCAGACAAGAUACAGGGACCGUUGAUUGUCUUUCCCGCAAUGCCAUUGGCCCCGCUUCCUAUGAGCCAAAUACCCCCGCUCUGCUGGUUUUUGGUACCCAUUAUUGAAGCCAUGGAUCGUAAUAAGCAACUGCUGGCAGAGCUCUAUCCCAAUCUCGUGGCCUUUGUCGAAGCACCCAGUGCUCGGGUCUUCAUGGACGCUGAAGCUCAACAUGGGCCAAUGUGGGAAAAAACAGAUGAAAAUGGUGGCGAAAGGGAGCAAGUCUUGCUCAAACUGACAGAUAUUGCGCUACAUGCUGUUGAACGCGUGCAAGAAACCAUGCGACAGCACUACGAGUCAUGGGUCAUGGACGCCGAAGACGACGAAUGGCUGUAUGUUUUGACCGAAGAUUCUGUAGCAUCCGCCAAAGAAUGGGAGGUGCAACGCCCUCCUGGCGCGAAACUGAUAUCGGUCGAUGGAAUACAUCCAAACGAUGAAGUCUCAGGCUACAGUGCGUGGGGAAGGAUCAUCGGCCAAGCAAUCGUGACGGAGUUGGAGAAGCGACGAGACUCAUAG